AUUGCUACAACACAAUGCUACAACACAAUGCAGUAAUACGGUAAUGUGUGUUCUGAUGGAUUCAUCUGCUAACCCAGCUCGGUAUUUUCACUGGAUAAACGCCUUUUACUGGAAUCUAUUACCUGAAUAUGUGUUAGCUACCUGGAUCGAAUGAUAUUAAAUUUAACAAGUUUCCUAAAUUAUAUUCUAUCAUCGUCGACGGUUAUCACUCAACGUUUCAGAUUAAAAUCUUUAUGUGGCAUUCGACCUUCAAUUUGUUUGCUAUCCGAGACAUUGUUUCUUCGCAAUGUAGGACAACCAUGCAGUGAUGUGGUUAAAAAUAGAUGAUGCCGAUUGAAGACCUAGAUCACUGAAGUAAUUUCAUAUUCAACUACGCUACGGGUCUUUCAAACCACUGACACAUCAAGCGUGAUUUUUAUGUGUAGAUUUCGUUCACUUUGUAUAUUUGAUGCUGCUUGAUUAACAUCAGUCAGUGGUCUUCGAUUUCUUUACGAGUGACAGCUUCCGUAUUGCUCUCAAUCUAACAGGUCCUUUCAUUGUCAACAAUCCAUCUUCGUUUUUUCCGAAGAGAACGCGUAUUUUGUGUCACAUUACGUUGAAUAUCUGUCAUUAUUAAUAAUUAUAUUUUCUAAUCAUGAGUGAUUUUUAUGAGAGAUAUUAAACAGUCGUGUUUCAAGGCCUAACCAGGAUGCCAAACGCCUGUUGAUCGCGCGACAAUGAUCCUGAAGUCUUAAGUGCGUUCAUAAUCCAUUGAAUAAAAUUAUCUAUCGCUUGACGACAAUUACGUUAGAAAGAGUCGAAGGAAAUUAACGAGCUGAGUGUGUUUACAAUCGCAUGGAUUUCCACCCUCCAGGGUUAUCACUAAUGCCGUACCAAUGGCAAAGUCAGUGUACAAUAGUAUUGGUAUCGGACGGUAGUGAGCUUUGUUUUAAUUACUGUUAUUGAACCAACACGUCUCAUAUGUUUAUUCACUUCAUUAAUUAUCUGUGAUGCUGAACUUGGCAACGUAGCGGGAACUAUAUCGUGCACCAAUAUAUAGUUACAAAAAUGACGUCUGAAAAUACUAUACUCACAGAGUGUGUCCAAAGAACAGCCAUGGUGAGAGGAGCAGACGAUCUGAGCUCUCAUAUACCUUCAACUGCCUUUGUUACAAUAAUUAUUGUUAGUUUUUUUGUUUUCACCAAGUCGAUUUACGAGUACAUAAAAAAACGUAGAACAAAAUUAAAUUUGAUUAUUGUAGGCUCGGGCCCAAUUGGGCUAACGACUGCAAUAAUAGCGGCCCAGAACAAACGAAUUUCUCGCAUUACACUUUAUGAAAGUAAACCUAGGCAGAACCUGUUUGUACGACCACAACAAAUCGCCCUGGACAGACGAUCUAUCCACUUCUUGAAAUCACUAAAGAUAGACUUUAACGCUAUUGAAGGUUGUUGGGAAAACGACCGAUUUUUUACACGGGUCGGUACAUUUCAAGAACACCUUUUGGAAAUACUCAAGAAGCUGGAUGCCGAUCUGGAGAUAAAGUUCGGAUGCAAGUUCACAGAGGACAUUAUGAGAAAUGUUUGCAAGAAUGAAAAGACGAAAAUUAGUCUAAUGGUCGUCUGCGAUGGUGUACGCGGUGAUACGGCGUCACUGCUUGGUCUUAGCGACGAGUAUAUACUAUGUUCGUGCAAUGCUUACGGUGCAAUGGCCAGUCUAGACAGAAUGUACCACAAACAUGUUGCUGUUGCCGAAACAACAAGAAACAAUAUGAAGUUGGACUUGUCAGCAUUUGGCAGCGAGUACCGGCAGCCGGAACUCACUAAGCCUACGUUUAAGUUCAAGAUCUUUGGAACGUAUCGCUACCGCUACCUGACACUGUCUUGUCCGAAGAACGGGUCGAAUGUUCUUCGUCAACUACGGAUUACGUCAGAUUCUUCUGUAAUUCGACACAUUUUUCAAGAAUCAUUUAAUAGUUACAGGACGAAACGCGAGAAGAAAAUAAGUGAUGCGGAGGCUAUCAGUAUGCACUGCAGUCGGCGUAUGACUGAAAUCAAACUAUCGUACAGAAGAGAGAACGUAGCGCUUAUCGAGGACGAAAAUAUAAUUGUGUCGGUUGAGGGUGACGCAACACGCACAACUAACUUCCAUACAGGCUCUGAAGUGAACAUGGGAUUCCGAGGACUGGAGAGUAUACACCAGUUCAUCAUAGACAUAGCAAUGGCCGACAAGCGUGAUUUGCUGAUAGAAACUCUUACUCAGAAAGUGCGACAUUCACAGAAAGUGGUGGAUGAGUUCCUUAGAAAUGGAUUAACAAUACAAGUUCAUUGAUACCGAUUGAUGUCAAACCGCCCAAAACAAAUUUGCAUAAACUAUAAACAAAACUGUAAGAGGGGUUACGGUUGUCUAUCUGCAACUUUAUGAUGAUGAUGAUGAUGAUGAUGAUGAUGAAGAUUGUUAUUAUUAUGAUGAUGGAUGAUGAUGAUGAUGGAUGAUGAUAAUGGUGGAUCAACGGUGAACAAGGUGAUUAUGACAAUAGCGUUGUUGAUUAAUCAUUUUCAGAAAACAGUAAAAACAAAAGCAAAUUAAACACGACAGAAAAUGUCAGGCGUUUAAAGUUGUUUAAGGCCUAGGCCUAAUUGUAGUGGCAGGAUCAUCCUCGUAAAAGGCGCGCAUGAUAGGGCUUGAGGACUUACUAUGAAAAGAGCUUUUAGUAUAAUAGUUUCCGGAUUGAACAUGAUAUGAGUACCUUUGUAUGAAAAUUACGAUGUACUAGUGAUAUGAUCUCUGUGAUGCUAGAUUUUGGCUCUAACUUGUAGUUUUGCUCAAUGGACCGUUCCGCAAAGUUCCUCCCCUUGGAUAGUGAUGCUAUGGGUCCAAAACGGCAGCGCAAAGGUAUACAUAAACAUGCAUUGUUUUGGAAACAAGCACGCAUUCCUAGGCUCUGUUCUAAUUGGACAGUUGUUUAGAGUGGUACACCGGAAUGGUCCAUUUUUUCAUCGGGGUACGUUCCAGGGGGGAUUUUUUUAGUGGAAAUUAACUAGAGUAGCAUUGUUUUAUAUUCCUUAUAGGUGUGUGUCGUAUACCAGCAGUGGGAAAGCUCUCCCACCUAUAAAAUUGUUUUUCAUAAAGAAAUACAUGAAUAGAAAUACAACGUGGUAUGUAUUCCAUUCCAAAUGCUCACCAAAAAAUUCAAGAAUCUAUAACUAUUCGAUGUAAAUUAUGAAAUGUUUAUACGUAUAUGUAAGAAUUUUUUUCAAAGCUUAUUUUUCAAGUCUUUUAUACACAGUAAAUUCUCUGGUGCAAUUCAUAAUGUGUUGCUAUAAUUCUCUAGUUUUGAUAACUGUUUUUGGAAUGUAUUUUCUAGAUUACUGUAAAUGAAGAUUACGGCAUAUUGUUAUCCUUGUUUUUUUUGUUUUUUUUCUAAAUAUGGUUUGGAUAAUCAAUUAGCAUGAUUGAUAGCCCAAGCUAAAACUAUUUUGACAGGCGCUACAAGUGUGUAUUUAUUAUUACAUCCGACAUUGUUAUUAUAGUAAAGGUUGGUAUUCUAUUUUUUAAGUUUACAAUAAUUGUGACAUGUAGGGCCUAUUAUAAAUGCGAUACUUAUCAUAAACCACACUACUGUAUACAGUUACAAAAAUUACGCUCGGGUACGGCCAUCUCACAAUAAAAAUAAUGGCGAAAUUUGUGACAAAGUUCAUCAACAAGAUCACUGCUGAAUGAAACAAGUCAGCCUGUACCCUAUGGGACGACGCAUAGGUUCGUAUUUUACAUCGACCGCGAAUAUGAGUCUUUACACGUCGAACGUCAUUACCAUUUGCUACUACCACUCCCCAGAUAUAACAAUUUUGAUAUAACAAGUGUCAUUUGAAGAACACCUUAAUUGUGCCUAUAAAAAUAUAACUAUGUGGAAUAAGCCUAUAAAAAUGCAUCCGUUUUUGUGAAAUCCAGCGGUGAUCCAUAUAAGACACUUUCAUCAUAACAAAGAUCAGUCUUUUUUUAUUUAAAUCAUUUAGACUUUUACUUUUAAAUCAAAGACAUUUUGGGGCCAGGAUUUUAUUUUCGUUUGGUGUUACAAAUUAUUUGAUGAUUAAGAAAACACCCAUACGAUUUCUGUUAUCAAUUAAAAACAAAACUGUGGUUACAUCGGGUGUGGGUAUAGGUUCAUUUUUAUUGUUUACAAUACGAUUGAGUUUCAUUUAGAUAAAAAUAAUACUAUGCCAAAGUGAUUACCUUAGAAAAGCAGCUAGGGUUAUUAUCGUUGUCAGGCACAAUGGUAUUCAAAUAAAGAACGUAUGUUUUGUUAGAACAAAUAAAUGUCCAUAUCUCGCAUUAAUUCUGACAUGUUCCUCUUCCCAAACUGAUAAAUUAAACAAAAACAACAACAUUAUCUGAAUUCACAAAAAAGAUAGUGGUCUUUAGAAUUUCUUUUGAAGUAAAUAUGAUGAAUCGCAUUAAAGAUCAAUCGUGUAAGUAAGUAGGCCCAAUGGUGCUAUUGUAAGUCAUAAUGUUUUCAUUAAUGUUCAUAAUACUAUAUUAGUUAAGGAGGUUGUCAUUGUAAAGGAUAUGUUUUGGAUGAAAACACAGUUUCAUUGCACAUUAAAAUGUUAUCAAUGUUGGUCGGCGUACAGUUUUGUGUUAUUGCUUAAUGGAAAAUAAUACUUUUCUUUUCUAUUGUAUAAAUGUGUUGACAAUUGAUUAUAUAUCUUACUAGACAUCUAUCUAAAUAAGGAUAAUCAUUUUUUUUGACCAGAUUAAUGUUCUGUAUUCUGUAUCAUACUAGGCUAUACAAAUAAGAUUAUUGAAUCGAGGCCGAAAGUACAGCUCAAAAUGAGAUACGUUGUUUGAUGAUACGCCUAUACGAUACAUUUCAACCGGUUCACACAGAGUAUGUCAAACGCAAAUACAGAAAAAAAUUGUCUCAACUUUUUCGUAAUUGGAAACUAAGAGCCUUUGAAUAUUAGUAGAUCUAUUGUGUAAAACUGAGCUUAAUAAUGGUUAUGGUAGCGUAAUACAGUAAUCUGAUGUAAUGAUUGGUUCCAAUAAAUUCACUAGAGCACA